AUGUUAGAUCCGUCGUCCAGCGAGGAGGAAUCUGAUGGGAUAGUGGAGGAGGAAAGCAAAGAGGCGAUGGCACCUCAGGCCGGAUCCCGCAUCUCACCGAGCAGGACCAGCGAGAGUUCGGGAGGACUAGCGCCCAGCAGCAGCAGCCGCAGCAGUGCCCGUCCGACCAGCCCGAGCCCGUCAGCCGCCAGCGAGGAGAAAGAGGACCUGGAGAAGCUGCAGAGGGAGGAAGAAGACCGUAAAAAGAAGCUGCAGUUGUAUGUUUUUGUGAUGCGAUGCGUCGCCUAUCCAUUCAAUGCAAAACAGCCCACAGAUAUGGCACGGCGACAGCAGAAGAUUACCAAGCAGCAGCUUCAGCAGACCAAGGAUCGUUUCCAGGCCUUCCUCAAUGGAGACACGCAGAUUGUGGCGGAUGAGGCAUUCAUCAAUGCUGUGCAGAGCUACAACGAGGUGUUCCUGAAGAGUGACCGUGUGGCUAAGAUGGUCCAGAGUGGCGGCUUCUCGGCCAAUGAUUUCAGGGAAGUGUUCAAGAGGCACAUCGAGAAGCGUGUACGCAGCCUUCCAGAGAUUGACGGUCUGAGCAAGGAGACGGUGCUCAGCUCCUGGAUGGCCAAGUUUGACACCAUCUACCGCGGCGACGAGGAUCCACGCAAGGCACAGCAACGCAUGACUGCCAGCGCGGCGUCUGAGCUGAUCCUCAGCAAGGACCAGCUGUACGAGAUGUUCCAGGUUAUACUCGGCAUAAAAAAGUUUGAGCACCAGCUGCUUUAUCAAGCCUGUCAGUUGGACAACCUGGAUGAGCAGGCUGCACAGAUCAGAAGAGAGCUGGAUGGCCGUCUUCAGAUGGCGGACCAGAUUGCUAGGGGUGGUAAGUUCCCCAAAUUUGUGUCUAAAGAAAUGGAGGCCAUGUUUAUCGAGGAGCUCAAGUCCUCUGUGAAUCAGCUGAUGGCCAAUCUGGAGAGCAUGCCUGUGUCCAAGGGAGGGGAGUUCAAACUCCAGAAGCUCAAAAGGGGACACAAUACCUCCAUCAUCGACAUGGGUCAGGAGGAUGAGAACACGCUGUCCAAGUCUGAUGUGGUUCUGUCCUUCACUUUGGAGGUGGUGAUCAUGGAAGUGCAGGGGCUGAAGUCUCUGGCCCCGAAUAGGAUUGUCUACUGCACCAUGGAGGUGGAGGGAGGCGAGAAACUCCAGACUGACCAAGCAGAAGCAUCCAAGCCAACCUGGGGGACCCAAGGGGAUUUCACCACCACACACCCUCUGCCUGCUGUCAAGGUGAAACUGUUUACAGAGAGCACGGGGGUGCUGGCAUUGGAGGAUAAAGAACUGGGCAGGGUUGUCCUCCACCCAACUCCUAACAGCCCCAAGCAGUCAGAGCUCCACAAGAUGGCUGUGACCAAGGCGUGUCCAGACCAAGAUCUGAGGAUCAAACUGGCUAUACGUAUGGACAAACCACAGAACAUGAAACACUGCGGGUAUCUGUGGGCUUUUGGGAAGAAUGUUUGGAAGCGCUGGAAGAAGCGUUUCUUUGUGCUUGUGCAGGUGAGUCAGUAUACAUUUGCCAUGUGCAGCUACAGAGAGAAAAAAUCAGAACCGCAAGAGCUUCUCCAGUUGGAUGGGUAUACAGUGGACUACAGCGACCCCCAACCAGGCUUGGAUGGUGGCAGGGCUUUCUUCAAUGCUGUGAAGGAAGGCGACACUGUGAUAUUUGCCAGCGAUGAUGAGCAGGACCGCAUCCUGUGGGUCCAGGCCAUGUAUCGUGCCACUGGCCAGUCUCAUAAGCCUGUCCCACCCACUCAGGUCCAGAAACUCAACUCCAAAGGGGGUGCCUCAGCCCAAAUGGAUGCACCCAUUUCUCAGUUCUAUGCUGACAGAGCUCAGAAACAUGGCAUGGAUGAGUUUAUCUCCGCUAACCCCUGUAGCUUUGACCACGCCUCGCUUUUUGAGAUGGUGCAGCGACUCACGUUGGACCACAGGCUCAAUGACACCUUCUGCUGCUUGGGAUGGUUUAGCCCGGGCCAGGUGUUUGUCUUGGAUGAGUACUGUGCCAGGAACGGAGUUCGUGGUUGUCACAGACAUCUGUGUUACUUGCGUGAUCUGUUGGAAAGAGCAGAAAUUGGGGCCAUUAUUGACCCCACUCUUCUACACUACAGCUUCGCUUUUUGUGCAUCCCAUGUCCAUGGGAACAGGCCAGACGGGCUGAGCACGGUGAAAGUGGACGAGAAGGAGCGCUUUGAGGACAUCAAGGAGAGGUUGCGUGUGAUAUUGGAAAACCAGAUUGUAAAUUUCAGAUAUUGUUUCCCCUUCGGUCGUCCAGAAGGAGCACUGAAGGCAACUUUAUCUUUGCUGGAGAGGGUCCUGAUGAAGGACAUUGUGACCCCAGUUCCACCAGAAGAAGUUAAAGGAGUGAUCCGCAAAUGUUUGGAGCAGGCCGCUCAGCUGAACUAUGAACGGAUUAAAGAAUAUGCUACAAUUGAAGAGAACGUAGGCCGCUUAGUCACGCCUGCCAAAAAGCUGGAGGAAACAAUUCGCCUGGCGGAGUUAGUCAUAGAGGUCCUCCAACAGAACCAGGAACACCAUGCGGAGGGAAAAGAGGCUUUUGCAUGGUGGACAGACCUCAUGGUGGAGCACGCAGAGAACUUCCUGGCCCUCUAUGGCAUCGACAUGGAUGCCGCUCUUGAGAUCCAGUCCCCUGAAAGCUGGGACAGUUUCCCCCUCUUCCAACUUCUCAAUGACUUCCUCCGGACAGACUAUCAUCUGUGCAAUGGAAAGUUCCACAAACACCUUCAGGAUCUGUAUGCUCCUCUGGUGGUUAGAUAUGUGGAUCUGAUGGAGUCCUCCAUAGCCCAGUCAAUUCACAAGGGCUUUGAGCGAGAGUCCUGGGAGCCUGUGAAGAGUUUAACAAGUUCUCUGCCCAAUGUGAAUCUACCAAAUGUGAACCUCCAAAUUCCCAAAGUACCAAAUCUGCCAGUGCCAGUAGCAGGACUAUCAGUUAACCUUCCACAAAUGCCUAGCUUUUCUACCCCGUCAUGGAUGGCUGCUAUAUAUGACUCUGAUAAUGGCUCCGGAACGUCAGAGGACCUCUUCUGGAAGCUGGACGCCCUCCAGACGUUCAUCAGGGACCUACAUUGGCCUGAGGAGGAGUUUGCCAAACACCUCGAGAGUCGCAUCCAGCUUAUGUCAAGCAACAUGAUCGAGAACUGCGUCAAGCGCACUCGAAUGGCAUUUGAGUCCAAGCUGACAAAAAGCAGCAAGUCCACAGAUUUCCGCAUUUCUCCAACAUUAUGCACCAUGUUUAACGUGAUGGUGGAUGCCAAGGACCAAUCAGCUAAAUUGUGCGCAAUGGAGAUGGGCCAAGAGAAACAGUACCACACACAAAUAGACGAACUGAUUGAGGAAAGUGUGAAAGACAUGAUCCAGCUUCUGGUUGCGAAGUUUGUUGUCAUUCUGGAGAGCGUGUUGGCAAAGAUUUCCAGAUAUGAUGAGGGCACCCUCUUCUCUUCAUUCCUCUCCUUCACGGUGAAAGCUGCCUCUAAAUAUGUGGAUGUACCUAAACCUGGGAUGGACGUGGCCGAUGGCUAUGUGACCUUUGUGCGCCACUCUCAGGAUAUACUUCGUGAUAAGGUCAAUGAGGAGGUGUAUAUAGAAAGGUUAUUUGAUCAAUGGUACACUGCCACCAUGAACCUGCUGGGGACCUGGCUCACUGAACGCAUGGAACAGCAGCUCCACGUCUACCAGCUAAAAAUCCUCAUCAGGAUUACGAAGAAAAAGUACCGGGACUUUCGCCUGCAGGGUGUCCUCGACUCCACCCUGAACAGUAAGAUGUACGAUACGGUGCGCAACAGGCUGACCAUCGAGGAGGCCACAGCUUCAGUGAGGGAAGGAGGCAUGCAGGGCAUCUCCAUGAAGGACAGCGAUGAGGAGGAUGAAGAGGACGACUAG